UGACGUCGGCCGUUUGUUGUCUCCGCGCGCAUGCGCUCUUCGCCGCCGGAGAACGCCCGCUCAGGCGAAGCGGUAGCUUAGGCCGAGAGAAGCCGGGGGCUCGCGUAGAUGUCUUCGCCGGAGGAGGCGCGGGUCGCGCCGGCCCCGGAAGGGGACCUGCCGCUGGAGUGGGAAACGGACGAAGAACGCAUGGCGUUUCUCUUCUCGGCUUUCAAGCAGAGCCGGGAGGUUAACGCCACCGAGUGGGACAGCAAGAUGGGCUUUUGGAGCGAGCUGGUGUUGAAAUGGGGAAGGCGGAGAGGAGGCAUCUGCACCUGCCUGAGGGAGCUCCAGCAGGCUUUCGAGCGCCGGGGCAGCGUCCCCCUCGGCCUGGGCACCGUCCUCCGCGAGCUGCUCAGACGGGGCAAACUGCAAAGAGAGUCUGACUUCAUGGCUAGUGUGGACAGUAGCUGGAUCUCCUGGGGUGUGGGAGUCUUCAUUUUGAAACCCCUGAAGUGGACUUUGUCUAGCGUAUUAGGUGACGGCAAAAUGCCGGAGGAAGAGGAGGUCCUGAUUUACGUGGAGAUUCUUAAGGAGAAGGCAGAAGAAGUCUAUAACCUCUACCAGAAUUCCGCACUUUCAUCUCACCCUAUUGUUGGUUUGUCUGAGUUGCGUUCCCUGUGCACCAGCAUCUGUCCAGAUGAACGGACAUUUUGUCUGGUGCUGCUCCAGUUGCAGAAGGAAAAGAGGGUCACUGUCCUGGAACAGAAUGGUAAUAAGAUAAUGAAAUUCGCCCGAGGGCUUCAUGCAAAAGUCUCUCCAAUGAACGAUGUAGACAUUGGGGUUUAUCAGUUGAUGCAGAGUGAACAGCUGUUGUCGCAGAAAGUGGAAUCUCUGGCACAGGAAGCAGAGAGAUGUAAAGCGGAAGCUCGGAGUGCCUGCAAAGCUGGGAAGAAGCAACAGGCUCUGAGAUCUUUGAAGUCCAGAAAAAGAGUAGAAAGGCGCAUUGCAGAGCUUCAUUCCAAGUUGGACGUGGUGCAAGGCAUCCUAGAUCGGAUAUAUGCCUCUCAGACUGAUCAAAUGGUAUUUAAUGCUUACCAGGCUGGACUGGGAGCUCUGAAGUUGUCCAUGAAAGACGUAACUGUGGAAAAGGCAGAGAGCCUCGUGGAUCAGAUUCAAGAGCUCUGCGAUACCCAGGAUGAAGUAGCCCAGACUUUAGCAGGCGUGGCAAUCAAUGGCUCGGAAGCUGAUACAGAGGAACUUGAAAGAGAAUUGGACAAUCUUCUCCUGGACCCUCCAAAAAGACAGUUGUCCUUGCCUUCUGUUCCACCAAAGCUACCGUUUCCAGCUUCUGUAGCACUUCCCAGCUUCACAGAUGCUGAGCUUGAAGCUGAGCUGGAGAAGCUCACGUGUUCAGAUGGAGAAUUGCCACAAAAGACUGAUCGGAAGACCUCUGACCGCCAAAGAGUUAUGGACCUGCAUCUUUAAUGACUCAACAACCCCCUUUGUGCUGUGAAGUUGUCUUUAACGUUGCUCAUCAUAAUUCCGAAAACAACUUGUUGGAACAUGAGUCUGAUUAACUCUUUGUUAGACUGCACUUUUCUAACAGGCAGGGAACUCUGCCACGACAAUCCAAUCCUUUCCACAGAAAAUUGCUCUGUUGUCAAUUCCCCCCCUUCCCCCCCAGUGCCAAAUUACACAGUGUCUCUUCAGUUGAUUUGCUCACCUGUAUUUGCCACUCACGGUUGUCCUUCUCUGGCAAGUUGACGUCUUGCGGAGCCUGACGUCCGUCGUUCCGCACAUCCUGAGGGUUUCUUUGCCACUUCACGGAACUCCACCUUGCGAUAACUUGAAAGGCAAUAAAGUCACACUCUGCGUGGCAUCCCACUGUUUUGGGCAAUUGUGCAAAACGUUUAGUGGAUGCACUAGAUGCUGACUUGGAUAGCAGUGCGCUGCGCUUGGCAGCAAGUAGACAUAUAUAUAUAUAUUGAUGAUUUUUUUCUAUAUUUUCUUCUUUGUAUUUGCACGGUUGUGGAUAACCUAGGUUGAGGUCUGACAGUUUUAGAGUUUGUUUUGUUAACACAGGUAUGAAGCAUCCGCCGACACAAAAUUCAGCUUACUUCAAGACUGACUUCGCCUUAAAGGAGCUUGCAGAGCUUUUCAACAUGAGGCUGUUAUUUUUGUUGUCGCUGCUGCUUGAAAAUGAUGUUUAAAACAUGCUCAGUUUGUCUGCAAAGACAGCCAUUCACAUUGCCUUCUUGUUAGGAAGAACACUUUUUACUAGGAGAUUUACUAAGACAGUGAUGGCGAAGCUUUUUUGGCACCGAGUGCUGAAAAGGUCACGCGGAAAUAUGAGUGCGUGUGUGCUCGUCGGGGCCGCGCUCUGGAAAAGCUGAACUUCCAGGUUCUAGCGCGCAUGUACGCCUAACGAUCAGCUGGCCGGGGUGCAUGCGCAGGCCGGUUUUCGGCACUGUCGCAUAUGUGAAAGGAUUGUGCUCCGGAAAAGCCAAACCUCCAGGUUCUGGUGCACAUGCGCACCCAACAAUCAGCUGGCUGGCACACAUGUUCACACCAGUUUUUGGCACUGCCACACACCGAAGAACAGCUGAUUGUCGCGUGCGCAUGCGCGUCAGAAACCUGGAAGACAAACAGGCAAGGCCGCGCGUGCCGGGCGACCUGGCUUCACAUGCUACUUUGGGCACGCGUGCCAUAGGUUCGCCCUCACUGUACUAGGAGAUUUAAACAACUAGGAGAUUUAAGUUAUUCUCUUGAAUCAGAAAUGCACAGAGGGUUGGUUAGCCUAACCUCUUAAUGUCUUAAGAGGUUCUUCAGUCACGUGUGCUGGGAUAAGGUUUAAACAGUGGCGGAGAUUUGGAUCAGUGUCUUAGCACCAUUAAUAAUAAUGGGGGAGAAUGUCACCGUUUCCUGACAUCUCGAGACACUAAUUUAAGAUGAUGGAAGAGCUGCUGAAUCCAAUCACACCUAGACCUGCCAGAGAUGGCUUGCAAUGUUCUCUCUUUUUUCAGAAAACUUCUUGGAGAAAACCCCUCUGUCUACAUCAGGGCAGAGGUUUUAUUUUUUGUUGUUUAAUGACAACAUAGAAACCAGCUCCAGGAACUGACUGAAGAAAAGCUCUGGAUUGUCUUGUGUAUUGGCACCUGCUGGAAUAAUUUUUUGGGGGGGGAGGGAAAUGGGGUGGGGGAGAAGAGAUGAACAAAUUUCUGCUGUUCAUAAAACUUUUUUUUUUUUGCUUUUGUUCUCUGAAGCCAGCUUUGAUUUAGACUGUGUGAUGGGAGACAUCUGCUAAAAUUGAAAACAAAAUGGAAAAUGUAAAUCCGUGUCAGGGCACGUUCCCUAAGUUCACUACAAAACAUAUUUUCUUUCCCCCCCACCCACGCUGGUGAAUCGUCUGCCACAUGUUUAAACAAAAUUCAAGAAUUGUGUUUACUUUAAAGGCAUUGUGCUUGAUUGGUUUAGAAAGGAGAGGGAGGGAAAAUGUCCCUCCCCCCGUUUAUUUCCCCCCCCCAAAUGAUACAAUAAAGGAGUGAAAAGA